UAAUGUUCCCCCCACAUGUAGGCAAAAUGUUCAUACACAAAAAACAAAAGCUACAAUUAUUUGUGAAGUGCACCUUAAUGGUCAAAAAUGAGAGUUACUAUAAAAAUCCUCGGCUUUGCCUUUUUUGUUUUUUCCCUUACAAUUGUGCGAGGUCAAGAAAAAACUUGUCAGCUUGAGUCAAACGGACAUGAAAUAAAACUGAUCAAACCAACGGGAAAAACAAUUUUCAAAGUUGGAGAAAGCGUGGAAAUUACCUGCUCUGAAAGUCACGGACUCUUUUUUAAAAAGGAAACAUAUCGGUUUACAUGUCAAAAGAAUGGGAACUGGGAUUACAGGCCUACUUGUGAAGAGAUUACAUGUGAAGUCCCACUUGACAAGCAUGUGCAUAUCCCAAACUUUUACUUCCAAGGAGACUUGAAAUUGGGAGUACAAAAAACAUACUAUUGUAUGUCUGGAUAUCGUCAAAGGGAGAAGAUGGCCACAUGUACACGGAACGGCUGGAAACCUGAUCCACUAUGUGCUGAGAUUACAUGUGAAGCACCAAAAAUCCCAAAUGCACAGAUUGUGGGAAUCCAGAAACCGUACUACACAAUUUCUUCAAGAUUAUUAUUUCAUUGUCUUCCUGGAUUUAAACCAGAGCAGUUUGUACAAAUCACCUGUGAUUCCAGUGGCCAAUGGUUAGGCAUACAUCACUGCACCAAGGGUACCUGUCCGGAGCAAGAACUCAAAAAUGUUGACAUUUUAUUUGGAUACCCAGGCAAAACUCCACCUUAUCAAUCUGGACAUGUCUUAGUUUUCCAAUGCACUGAUGGGAACAUAAAGAUGUAUGGCCACCGUGCAAUUGAAUGCCAGUCAGAUGGGAGUUGGGAUUACCCAUAUCCACAUUGUAGAGGAACAUUUAAGUGUUCCAAACCAACAAAGCACUUACGGUUUGUGAAAUUGUUAAAUAACAAAAAUGAGUACAACAACUUUGAAAUAUUGAGAUAUGAGUGCAAUAGUCCAUACAAUGAAACAUCAGAAGGAUCUUUGAUUUGUCAAAAUGGAAAAUGGAAUGGAACAUUUGAAUGCACAAGUAAAAUCUGUCCACCACCACUUUACCUUGAACAUGGAGAUUUUGAUGUACAUAGAAAGGAAGGUGAAGUCAUUACACAGGUUUAUUACACUUGCCAACCUUACUAUGUUCUAGACAAGCAACAGGAAUAUUAUAAGUGUCAGAAUAAGAAAUGGGAGACCCCUCCAAAAUGUCUGAAACCUUGUGAAAUUAAUAAGAUUGUUGAGAUGUACAAUCUACUACCCCCCGAGCAAAAGGUCUACGUAAAGCAUGGUGGGAAGUAUAGACUUAACUGCACAUCUGGAUGGAAUACUGGGGGUGCAGAGAGAUUGGAACAUUUGGAUGUGUCAUGUUCAGCUGGGAAUUUACAAAUUGACAAAAGUUGUGAUACAGCAAAUGUAAAUUAAACUGGACUGGUAACUGAGUUUCCCAUGUUAAGAUUUGAAGAUCCUUCGGAUGUAUCCUGAGCAUGAAGAUGGACAGACACACAACUACAGAAGCAAACAUAGACAGACACACUCAAACAAGAUUGUGUUCAUAUGCUUGUAGGUCUUCAUAUUCACAUACAAACUUGUUACACUCUCAAAAAAUAACUGUCAACAUUGCUUCAACACGUUUGUAAUAAAAACUUUCU